UGUGAUUGUACAUAAGAUAGGGGUGGAAAAUAGUGGGGAUAAUAUUUCGCAAUAUAAAUCGUAAUGUACUUUUGGUAAUUUCAGUAAAGACUUGACAACCAUGAAGACUUUAUUGUUGUUGUUAAGUUUUGUUGUUUUCGAAACGUUGGCAAGCCCCUAUGGAUUUAGACGCUCUCCACAAAGAACUGUAAUGUUUGGAGGUUAUUAUGACCAUCCCUUGGACACUAGAAGUUAUACUCCGCAAGGGUCAAUGACAUUUGCGUCUGGUGAUACAAUCGCGACUAAUUCUUUUGUUGGAGAUGCUGAAGAUGCAACAGAGAGAAGAGUUGAUUUUGAUGAAGAGUUAGAAGUUGAGACAUCAACACCCAAAUUGAAACGAAUUCCAAAACGGAAACAGGAAGAUAGUGAUGAAGAUGAGACGCCAUCUUGGCCUUUUGCAGGACGUAGUGGAGUCCCCUCGUAUAACGCUUUUUUCCCGAUAAUGUUUGGGGGGAUGUCCCCAUCCGGAAGGAAAGCUGGUGACAGUGAAGGCUACUAUCCCGGAUCUGCUACGGCUAUAGCAAAUAGCUUUAGUACCGGAAAAGGAGGUGUUGCUACAAGUCAUGCUACUUCAUAUGGAGACCCCUACAUGAGUACUCUUUUCAGAAAUGGGGGCUUUAACCGAAAAGGUGCCAAACCGAGCUUAGAAUAAUUCCCCACAAUAAUUAUAUUACGUACUGUCAUUUUUUCAUCAUUAAAAAUAAAGUAGUUAAUGUCAUCAAAA